AAUCACCGACGCGUAUAUCUAGCUCUCCACUUCAAUCUCUGUUGUCUCACUCACUCCCUCCACUUCCUCUUCCAAAGGUUAGUAAGCUAUCAAGCAAACGCCCCACUUGUAACUCGCAAGUGCAAAGUCCCAUCUUCAACUGAAAAUCUCCGUCUUCGUCUUCGUCCCCGUCCAAGCUGCAGACUCGCCAACAUCGUAAGACGAAGAAGAGAAGGAGAAAGAAAUAGAAACUCUCAGAUUUCCCGUAUUUGCUUUCAACUAAUGCUUCAUUUCUAGUGAUAAUUUGAUCAGAUCCAUAAUGGGACACCUUAAUCUACCUGCAUCAAAGCGAAACCCUAGACAGUGGAAGCUGCUCGACCUCGUUUCUGCUGCAUUCUUCGGUUUAGUCUUUCUUUUCUUCCUUCUCGUUUUUACUCCUCUCGGUGAUUCUCUCGCCGCCUCUGGCCGCCAGGCUCUUCUCCUCUCCACUUCGGAUCCGCGUCAGCGUCUCCGCCUCAUCGAGCUAAUCGAGGCCGGUCGACAUCCUCAGCAGAUCGAGGCCUGCUCUGCAGACUCUGUUGAUCAUAUGCCGUGUGAAGAUCCCAGGCGCAAUAGCCAGCUCAGUAGAGAAAUGAAUUUCUAUCGAGAGCGUCACUGUCCGCUUCCAGAUGAGACCCCUCUCUGCUUGAUCCCACCCCCAAAUGGGUACAAGGUUCCUGUCCAAUGGCCCCAGAGUUUGCAUAAGAUAUGGCACGCCAACAUGCCACACAACAAAAUUGCAGACAGGAAAGGUCACCAAGGAUGGAUGAAGGAGGAAGGUGAAUACUUCGUUUUCCCUGGCGGUGGAACAAUGUUUCCUGAGGGAGCCAUACCGUACAUUGAAAAACUUGGGCAGUAUAUCCCUAUAAGUGGUGGAGUUCUAAGGACUGCUCUUGACAUGGGAUGUGGGGUUGCUAGUUUUGGAGGAUAUCUGCUAAAAGAAGGAAUCUUAGCCCUCUCAUUUGCACCUAGAGAUUCACACAAAGCACAAAUACAAUUUGCACUAGAAAGAGGAAUUCCAGCAUUUGUUGCCAUGCUUGGGACUCGCAGACUCCCAUUUCCUGCUUUCUCAUUUGACUUGGUGCAUUGCUCUCGAUGUUUGAUCCCUUUUACAGCCUAUAAUGCAACUUAUUUCAUUGAAGUGGAUAGACUACUUCGCCCUGGAGGAUAUCUAGUCAUCUCUGGUCCUCCUGUUCAGUGGGCUAAACAAGAUAAGGAAUGGGCAGAUCUCCAAGGUGUGGCAAGAGCAUUAUGUUAUGAGCUGAUUGCUGUAGAUGGAAACACAGUCAUAUGGAAAAAGCCUGCUGGAGAUUCAUGCCUGCCCAACCAAAAUGAAUAUGGGCUUGAACUGUGUGAUGAAACAGAUGACCCAAGUUAUGCAUGGUACUUCAAAUUAAAGAAAUGUGUGAGUAGGAUUUCUUCAGUCAAUGGAGAAUAUGCUGUUGGGACAAUUCCUAAGUGGCCGGAUAGGGUUACAAGAGCUCCUUCAAGAGCCAUGCUUGUGAAAAAUGGGAUUGAUUUGUUUGAAGCUGACACACGACGUUGGUCGAGGAGGUUGGUGUACUACAGGAACUCAUUGAAUGUGAAGCUAGGAACUCAAGCCAUACGCAAUGUCAUGGACAUGAAUGCAUUUUUUGGGGGUUUUGCUGCAGCACUUGCUUCUGAUCCUGUAUGGGUGAUGAAUGUUGUUCCUGCUGACAAGCUUUCUACCCUUGGUGUAAUUUUUGACCGAGGCCUUAUUGGAGUCUACCAUGACUGGUGUGAGCCUUUCUCAACAUAUCCUCGAACUUAUGAUCUCAUCCAUGUAGCAGGCAUUGAAUCACUCAUAAAAAAUCCAGAUUCUAGCAAGAACAGGUGCAAUCUUGUGGAUUUGAUAGUGGAGAUGGAUCGGAUUUUGCGACCAGAAGGAACUGCUAUAAUUCGUGAUACUCCUGAAGUUAUUGACAAAGUGGUUCAUAUCGCUCAUGCUGUAAGAUGGACAGCUAUUAUACAUGAGAAAGAACCUGAAUCACACGGGAGAGAGAUAAUUCUGGUUGCAACAAAAAGCUUUUGGAAGCUUCCUUGAGCAUCUCACUUGCAUCUUUGUUCUUUUGUAAUGUAGCAAUUUUCCCGCUUGUUAAUUCUUAUAUUAUUCAGAUAUAUAAUUUGCAUGCAUAAAAUGGAUGCAGAUUCCUUCUUUCCCCUUCAUCUGGUUUAUUUAUAUCAAAAGACAGGUAGGAAGUAUAAAUAUGGAAAGACCUUUUUUUAAAUGUUUAGAAUAGGUAUACUGAAAGCAAUGACAAUUUCAGAUUGUGAUUUGAUUCUAUAUAUGAGCAUCAGUUUGUGGC